CACUCAGAACACCGCUUUAAGAGGAUGUCCCAUUCUUCUGCGCAACGCUAAAAUACGCUUGGAUAUUUAAACAAACAGUCAUCUUAAUUAUCGGAUUUAUAGCUCAGACGGUGUCGGAGAAAGAUAUCACGAUGCCAGAGGAAAAAGUGUUUCACCAGCAGGCUGUACACAGUCCCUUGGAGCAGCAGCAGAAGCCGGGUCAGGCCGGCCCCAUCCCCUGUCAGAACUGUGGAAAACCCUGCAAGGGUGAAGUCCUGCGCGUACAGAACAAACACUUUCACAUCAAGUGCUUCGUCUGCAAAGUGUGUGGCUGUGAUUUGGCCACAGGUGGCUUUUUCGUCAGACAAGGCGAGUAUAUCUGUACUCUUGAUUACCAGCGUCUCUAUGGCACGCGCUGCUUCAGCUGUGAGGAAUUCAUUGAAGGAGAGGUGGUUUCUGCCCUCGGAAAGACAUACCACCCACGCUGCUUUGUCUGUGCAGUCUGCAAACAACCGUUCCCUGCUGGUGACCGAGUGACGUUUAAUGGCAAAGAGUGUAUCUGUCAGAAAUGCACUCUGCCCCUGCCUGCCAACAGCCCUGCACCCAUCCAGGCUGUUCACAAUUGCUGUGGCUGUGGAAAGGAGUUUAAAAAUGAGCAGUCUCUGGUGGCGUUGGAUAAGCACUGGCAUCUGGGCUGCUUCAAGUGCAAAGUGUGCAACAAAGUGCUCAACGCUGAGUACAUCAGCAAGGAUGGGACCCCUUACUGUGAGGUGGACUACCAUGCCAUGUAUGGCAUUCAGUGUGAGAAUUGUAAGAAGUACAUCACCGGUAAAGUGCUGGAGGCUGGGGAUAAGCACUACCACCCCACAUGUGCCAGAUGUGCACGCUGUGACCAGAUGUUUGGUGAGGGAGAGGAAAUGUACCUCCAAGGCUCUACCAUUUGGCAUCCUCCCUGCCGACAGGCAGCUCGUAUGGAGGAGAAGAGUAAGGUGACGAGGACUUCCUCUGAGAGCAUCACCUCAGCUCCAGCUUCCAGUGCAUCAGGCUCACCAAGCAGAGUUAUCUAUGCAAAAUUGGGUGAUGAAUUUCUAGACUAUAAGGACCUUGCAGCUCUUCCUAAAGUAAAGGCCAUCUACAACAUUGACCGACCUGACAUGCUCUCAUACUCUCCGUAUAUCAGCUACCCUGCAGAUGACAGGACUGGAGAGGGAGAGGGGGAGAAGUCGCCCCGACAGAGGAGGCCAUCAAGUCCCAGCUCCACUAGCUCUUUGGGAGGUUAUGGUCGCUACACCCCCUCCCGCUCACCUCAAAACUACAGCAGACCAGGUAUCUUUUCCUCUCUGGCAGGGAGUGGCGGUGUCUCACUGCCCCUCAACCCCACCACCUUGGCUAUGCUUCAACAGCACAACUACAUCCCCUACUUCAGAGGUAGUGAAAGUGGGCGGAGUACCCCCAGCCUUUCCACCUACUCUGAUGGCAAGUCUCCAUCCUCCACCUAUGUGGCUGCCCCCAGGCAUUUCCACAUACCAGAGACUAAGGUCAAAGAUAAUAUCUAUAGAAAACCCCCUAUCUACAAACAGCAUGCCUCCAGAACCUCAUGGCAAGAUGGAGAUGAUAUAGACAGAAAGACCAGAACCAGUUGGAUGAUACUGAAGAGUGAAAUUGAUGGACAGUCACCGGACGGCAUUGACCCCAGAACCUCCACCCACAGUCUGCCCACCGACACCACUCAGCCCAAUUUCCCUUACAAUAAGUCUGCUUCACUACCAGGAUAUGGGAGAAACGGCAUUUAUAAGACAGCCGAUCUUGGUGAAGAUGACCCUGACCAAGAGUCCAGCUGGGGGGGAACGAGAGAGUACAAAGUAUAUCCAUAUGACAUGCUUGCCGUUACUCACAGAGUAAGGGUGAAAUUACCCCGUGAUGUGGACCGCACCAGGCUGGAGAGGCACUUGUCUCCAGAGGAGUUCUACCAGGUGUUUGGGAUGACUUUGGAACAGUUUGACCGACUGGCGUUGUGGAAGAAAAACGAACUGAAGAAAAAAGCUCGCCUCUUCUAAAAAAAAAAAGAAGUCUUGUGUCAUCCACCCUGCUUGCGAGAGAGGAUUAGUGAAGGAGGAUAUAUCCAUAUAUAUAUAUAUAUGCAUCU